AGUGUGGGUAACUGGUGUGGCGGGUUUUAUACGCGAGCACCAGUUUGGAUUUAUUCCCAGUUUCGUUAGAUCCGACCGUCACCACUAUCAUGGAAUCCAGACUGCUCAUUCUCGUCGUCCUACUUCUCCGAGUAAGCAUCGUUGACGGAUGGUCUUCAACAGACGAACUAACUCUCCGCAACCUGAUGUUUGCUACUGCAACCUAUCACAGACUGAUUAGACCAGCUGAUGUAAUGACGGCUAAAGUUGGUAUCAGUCUGAUAUCCAUCAACGACUUGAGCAUGGUAGACCAGAGCAUGUCAGUAACAGGAUGGCUCACUGUGGAAUGGGAGGAUACUCGGCUUACUUGGACUGCUGCAUCUUACAGUAAUGUGGACCACUUCUACGCUAUAGACAAAGAAAUCUGGAAACCAGAACUGUUUAUCGACAAUUCUGUUGACGACGUGUCCAUACUACAGGACGACAAUCUAUUGUUCCGUGUGGCUGACACUGGGAAGGUAGACUGGGAAAUGCCUCAGAUAUUCGUCACUUCCUGUACCAUAGACACCACCUACUACCCCUUUGAUACCCAGGAGUGUGCCAUCGACGUCACUAGCUGGGCUUACACUAAGGAAGAGCUUGAACUCACCCAUCUACGUGAUAAAGUCAAUGUCGAAGAUCUUGGGGAAAAUGGCGAAUGGACUUACACAAACUCCAGAAUAGAAACCUCAAGUAUUGUAGAGACGACAGCGAAUGGCAUUGUUGAAACUUUCUCGCUCCUUAAAUUUGUGGUUGUCCUCACACGACGACACGAUUUCUACUUGACCAACGUCAUACUUCCAGUUGUACUUUCUUCCUUCCUCGUUGUCCUCGUCUUCGUACUUCCGGUUGACUCUGGGGAGAAGGUUUCGUACGCCCUGACAGUGUUACUGGCAUUGGCUGUGCUCCUGACUUUGAUAGCGGACAGCAUGCCUAACACGUCUCUGAACGUGUCCAUCCUCUCCGUGUAUUUAGCCUUCACCUUGAUCAUGGCCGUACUGGCGGUAGGACUGUCGGUGCUGGUCCUCCGAAUGCACCAUACGGACCCUGCAGAGCCCGUGCCUGCCUGGUUACAGUCGAUGACAGGCGGGUUGUUUGCAAGGUUUGGCUGCUGGAGAGGGUGUUGCUGCUGUCCAAAAGACAAUCGUGUUGAGGUAAUAAACAAGAGAUCGGAUGGAGCUGACACUGCUCAAAACGAGGCCGGGCAAAACACGGAAACAUUACCAAGCUACUCCUGGACGGAGGUUUCUGCCAUCUUUGAUUGGUUUUUAUUCGUUUGGUUUUUUGUGGUGACCAGUGUGACUGCUGUAUUGUUUUUGAUUUUACUGAGGGUGGGAGGGUCCAUCAAGGCAGCCAAUGCUUCCUAAAGGAGUUUAUAGCAAGGUGGCUGGCUUACUUAGGGGGUUUAUAGCAAGAUGGCUGGCUUACUUAGGGGGUUUAUAGCAAGGUGGGUGGCUUACUUAGGGGGUUCAUAUCAAGGUGGGUGGCUUACUUAGGGGGUUUAUAGCAAGGUGGCUGGCUUACUUAGGGGGUUUAUAGCAAGGUUGCUGGCUUACUUAGGGGGUUUAUAGCAAGGUGGCUGGCUUCCUUAUUGAGUUUAUAUCAAGAUGGGUGGCUUCCUUAUUAAAUUCAUAUCGAUGUGGGUGGCUUCCUUAGGGGGUUCAUAUCAAGGUGGGUGGCUUCCUUAGGGGGUUUAUAUCAAGGUGGGUGGCUUCCUUAGGGGUUUAUAUCAAGGUGAGUGGCUUCCUUUGCGGGUUUAUAUCAAGGUUGGUGGCUUCAUUAGGGGGUUAUAUCAAGGUGUGUGGCUUCCUUAGGGGGUUAUAUCAAGGUUGGUGGCUUCCUUAGGGGGUUUAUAGCAAGGUGGAUGGCUUCCUUAGGGGGUUCAUAUCAAGGUGGGUGGCUUCCUUAGGGGGUUUAUAUCAAGGUGGGUGGCUUCGUAUAGGGGUUUAUAUCAAGGUGGGUUGCUUCGUAUAGGGGUUUAUAUCAAGGUGGGUGACUUCCUUAGAGGGUUUAUAUCAAGGUUGGGGGGCUUCCUAGAUGGAGUUUAUGUCAGGGGUGGUGGCUUACUAACGGGGGUUUAUAUCAAGGUGGGUGGCUUACUAAAGGGGGUUUAUAUCAAGGUUGGUAGCUUACUAAAGGGGGUUUAUAUCAAGGUGGGUGGCUUAUUAAAGGGGGUUUAUAUCAAGGUGGGUGGCUUCCUAAAGUGUUUUUUAUAAAGGUGGGUGGCUUCCUUAGGGGGUUUAUAUCAAGGUUGGUGGCUUACUAAAGGGGGUUUAUAUCAAGGUUAGGAAUCAUGUGAAUUGUUAAAAUAGCCUGCACGCCUUGUCAAGCAUAAAAUUGCAUAAUCUGGCGUUAAUACAAUUAUUAUAUUCAAUUAUUAAUCAGUAUCACGUUAAUGUCCAGAGAACGACGUCAUUUUGUUUAUUAGUCUAGAUUAAUUUCAGAUAUUUGCAUCAGAGAGUUACGUUUUAAUCUAGAAUAUAUUCAGAGCGUUACCUGGGUUUGUUUUUUAUUAGUCUAGAUAAUUGUUUAGAGUGUGACGUCAAAUUGACACUAUAUAUAAGUCAUUCCAAAUUUUCAUGUCAGAUUGAAGUACAUGAAGUGUUUAUCUUAAAUAAAAAUCAGUUAUUGCAUUAAGACUUUUUCAAAAGAUGUCAUCUUCAGGACUAGCUAAUCUCUUAUUUGUAUUUGUUUUUGUGAUGAUCACGCUUCAAUUAUUUCGUGUACAGUUCCCCCUGACUGUUGGCAAUACCUCAUUCUGUAAAGGGUUAACUUUUCAAGUAUCAAGGAAGAAUUGAAAGCUCCAUAACUGACACCAUGAAAAAUAAACUCUAAAAAUAAAUGCCAAAAUAAAUAAAAACAAUAACAGGCAUAUCAUACGUAGAUAAUUAUGUUCAUCGAACAAAUGUCGUCGUAUAUGCUGUUUGCACGACUGGUUCAGUAAACAAAAUGGCAAAACGUAUAACUAUGGCUGUAUAUGUUGACUUUAUACUUCGAGCCACGGUGAACCUAAAACCCCUACAUACAUUUAAAAGUAGACACAUGCAAGGAACCAACUUGGGAUUUUCAACCACACCAAACUGCAGUAAGAUUACUGAUUUCAUCCUAUUACUGUAUCUGUAUGGUAUACGGCGCAGAUGAUCCAGAUAAACUGGCGAG